UUUUUUUUUAUUUCUAGUCAUCUCCGCUGUAUUUCUUGUGGCACUUGCUCCUCUUGUGUACUUCCUCCCCUCCCCCCCUUCUUGGUGUGGCCGUUCUCUGCUCAGCGGAACAUGGCUGACACGUGAAUUCGCCGUCACGAAAUGCACGGCGACCAGUCCGGCAGAGCGGCUUACCGCAAGAGGAAAGAGUUCGCGUCUCGUUCAUGCACGAGGUUCCAGGUGGCUUACGUCUCCUCGAUAGCUGACUGGUCGGUCGCGCGGGUGUAGCCAUCCGUUUGGGGAAUAUCUCGCAAUACAUUGCGAUGCUACAACUCCUUCAUGACAAAGAGAGGACUUGUGGAAAGACGUAUUAUAUGCCUCGACACAUGGCCACAUGUGCUCUCUGCUCCUCCUUCUCAAUGACGGUCCAGGACUUCGCAACCGUCCUUGUCUACCUUCUUUUGCAGUAUCUCGCCAUGAACCUGUUCGCUUACACUCUCAAGCCCGAAGAUCACGUAGAGCGCCGCCCCAAACCCAACCACCCCGUUUCCCAACCACCUCCUCCCGCCCGCCAGGACGAACCGCAACCCCCAAUAUCGACCGUCACCCGCGCCGCCUGCCUCCGCUACGCCCAGCGGCUCUACCCCGGAGCUACCAUCCUCGAGGCCGAGCCCCAAGGUCGCUGUUCCUACACUCUCUUCCUUCCUCCCGACGAUAGACACAGCGGCACCAUCCUCCAGUUCCGCCCGCCACGCCACCGGAUCGACCUCUGCAUUACUGCCGCGGCCGAAACCAUCUUCGGCAACCUCGUCCCGCACACCGAGUUCCACAGCGUUCUCACCCCGUGCCAGUGCCAGUGCCAGUACCGGUUCCGGGGGCCCCGCUCGUCUCAUUGUUCGCCCCCCUCCUCCUCCUCCUCCUCCUCCCCAUCAUCAUCAUUAUCAUCAUCUUCUUCUUCAUCUUCUUCUUCCCAUCCCCACCAGCACCGCAGCCGCAGCCGCAGCCGCAGCCACGAAGUUUCCAGGCCCAGUCACGGCCCCGGCGGCCGCUGUCCCCACAAGCACCAGGACGGCGCGAGCGGGACCGUGGUUCUCUACACCCACUCCCUCUUACCGGGCACCCCGCUCAGCACCCUCCUCACCCGGCAACAACAACAACGACGACGACGAGAAGGAGGAGGAGGAGCGCAGUCGCCAGGCCUCGAGCUCGUCGUCCGGGCGCUCGCCCGGCGGUACUUUGCCCCGUCCUACCGGCACGCCCUGGCGCCCGACUCGCCGCGCCUGCCGGCGGCCAAGCGGGCGGUCGGGUGGAGCCUGCGGCGGGCGGUGGCGCGGCUGGCGGGUGCUGCGGCGGACGGCCUGCCCGGCGCGGCGACGGCGGCGGCGGUGGCGGCGGUGACGGCGGUGGGGGGCUGGCUGGAGGAGGUGGAGCACGGGCUGCCGUGGGCGCUGACGCACGGCGAUCUGGUGGGCGGCGGCAACCUGCUUGUGUCGGCUGGAGGCGGUGGCGGCGGCGAUGACGAGGGAGAAAAGGAAGAAGCAGGGUACGAUGAGGACAAGGACGACGGGCAGGAGGCGCCGGAGCUGACACUAACAGGGCUGGUGGACUGGGCGGAGGGGGAGUGGUUGCCUUUUGGGGUCGGACUGUACGGGCUCGAGGAGGUGUUGGGGAGGACGGUGACGGAUGAGGAGACGGGGAGCAGGAGGUUUGAGUACUUCUCUGAUGCUGAGCGGUUGAGGGCGGCGUUCUGGGACGAGCUGGUCAGAGAGGUACCCGCCCUAGCGCCGGGCACUGAAUUGAGGGAGAGGGUGGAGAAGGCGAGGUUGUUGGGGCUGCUGUUGUGGUCCGUUACUCCGCGCCUGUUUCACUCGGAGGAGCGGCCGCGUUGACCUCUCGGCCUAGGUACGGUA